UGAAAAGAUUGAUUUAAUGAGAUUGAGAUUUAAUAUAAGGAACAAAACAAUAAAAUGAAUUCAGAUUAGUUUAAUCCUCAAUCAUACGAAUUAUAGAAACUGUAUUAAAUACGAGAGACUUUGCAUUAAUAGUAAAGAUUAUAAUAACUCAAUGCAUUGUUGCAAUAAUAAAGAAUGCAAAUGAUGAAUUCUCCAACUUAGUAGUAACCUUCUGGAAUAGUUAAAUAAAUCGAAUAGACUUUUGAAACUAAUAUAAACAAUUCUUCAAAAUUAACAUCUAGUAAAAAUGCCUUUUUGUUUGCUUAAAGAUUGAAAAACAAAGAUUCAAUAUAGGAACUAACUAAGAUGAUCAGAAUAUGUCCUUUGAAUAAUGAACAGACCUAAGAGUUGACAUCACUAAUUACUGAAAAAUUGUUAUUGAAACAAUAGAAGGUUGAUUAUGCCUAACAACACAAUCUAAUCAUUUUGCAUUUGCAAAUAACCAAUAAGUUGUCCAUUGAUGUUCUCUAAUUCUAUGUCUUUUUAUUUGUUAGAUUUCCUAAUUUGUUGACUAUUGUUGGAAUAAUAGAGAGUUGGUUAUCAAAUUCAGAUAAUGCUGUUGCCUAUUUAGAAGAAGUGUGUUCUCAUUUCAUUAAAGAGAUUUCAGGUACUCUGGUCUAAUUCGUAUGCAAUAAGGAUAACAAAAGUAAUUAUAAGGGCAGAUUGGAAAUGCUAAGACUAUUGAUCAAAUACAUUGGGAAUGAGGAAUUAUUGUCAGCCUUUAUCAUGUUGGAUGUUACUGAGAUGUUAGAGAACUGUAUUGAACAACAAUUUUAUAAGGAUACUUUUAAGGUGAUCGUCACUUUUUUUGAGAAUCCCAAUUUCAAUCAUUAUAAAUCGAUUGAGAAAGCAAUUAAAAAACUAUAUGAUAAAUUAACUCCAGAAUACAAAUUGCAAUUGGAUUCAUUAAUUAAAGAGUAUAAAAGAACUUGCGAUAAGAACAAGGAGAAAGCACUUCAGAAUUAGAAACCAGAUGAGAUUUGA